AUGAGUGAUCAAAAUGACAUAUUGUAAGUCAUACAACUAAGAGGUAACAAAGUCAUCUAGGGAUUUAAUCUUACUUAUUAAUGCUAGUUAUCAACUUUGUUAGGCUAUGGAUAAAAUAGAGCAUAUGUUGGAGUAGAUAAUCUUGGGAAUAAAGUAGCUAUGAAAGAAGUAUAAAUAAUUUGUCAUUCUAGCAUUACAAUGAAGAGGCGAUGAUAAAAGAAAUAUAAAUAUUAGAAUAACUCAAUCAUCCAAAUAUAGUCUAAUAUAUUGAUUCAUGUAAUUUAUUCCAUUCAACCAAUUAAUAUCAUUCAGAAUGGAAUGGCUACAUAUGUAUGGAGUUAGGUAUUUACGAUUUAUGUACUUAUAAACAAAAAAACCUACCUAUUGGUAAAGAGUUAAUAGAUUAGAUAUUGAGUGCAUUAGCUUAUUUAUAGUAAUAAAAAAUAGCACAUUGCGAUAUUAAGCCAUAAAAUAUUCUAGUUAUGUAAACAAACCCUGUUGUAUAUAAAAUAUGUGAUUUUGCAUCCAGCAAGAUUGAAGAAUCAGAACUAACAGAAAGAUCAGAAGAAUGCAAAAGAUAAAUAGGAUAAGUAGGAUCUAAAAGGUCCAAGAAAUAAACUAAAAAAAAGUUUUUUUAGAUUGGGGUAAUGCAUAGUAUAUUUUAGACUAAUUAAUAUAUGUCUCCAGAAAUGUUAAACAACAAUGUUUAAAACUAUUACUUGUCUGAUGUUUUUUCUUUAGGAUUGGUGUUUUUAAAUGUUUUUAGGGAUUAUAGAAUGAAUUAAACAGAUAGAGAAUCACUAAAAGCUGAAAUAAUUAGUUAAGAAAUAAAAGAUAAAAUAAAUUAGAAUGAAGAUGAUAUUUCAAAACUUCUAGAUUAAAUGAUUUAAUUUAAUCCUAAUGAUCGUUUAGAUUUCAUAAGACUUUUAGAAUUUUGGAAUAGGAAUAAAUAGAAAGUCAAAAAAUAAGAUUAUAAAUCUAUACCGACUAGAAAACCAAGAGCAGAAUCAAAUUUAUUAACUAUUUAGCAAGAUCAAUUUGAAAGAAUAUAGCUUUUCAGAUUACCUUAAUUAUCAAAGAUCAAAUGUUAAAGAAAUUAAUACUCUCAAAAUUUUUAAAGUUUUACUCCUUAAAAAAAUAAUUUAACUAUAGAAAAAUAAGGAAUCUCUCCUACAAAACAAAUUAAAUUAUAAUAAAUAUCACCAUCCAAUAAAUAUUUUAUUAAGCCUCCUAAAUCUCCUGUGAAAUCUAAAAAUUCAAGUCCAACAAAGAGUUUGAUUUUUAAUAAAUUCGAAUAAACAUAAAUAAGAGAAGAAAAAAUAAAACCAUUUUCUAUAAAAACAAUUUAAGCAAUAUGA